ACCAUGACGGUUGUAUGUGUGUAAGCAGCCACACACAUGCUGAUUGGCAUGGACACACGACAACCAAAUGGAAGACAGAAAUUCUGAAGAUUCCGCUCUCUUCCAGUCCAUAAUCCGAUCUUCUUCUCUGUGGUUUGGCUGCCGCUGAUGGUAUCAUGGUAACAGCUCUCAGCUUGGUUAGAGCUCUCCUCCCGCUGGUCUGCUCUGCUGUCCUGUGCUCCGCUAUAGGUCCUCCUGUGCUGUCUUCCUAUGCCAAGACUGAAGACAAGCUGUUUAAACAUCUCUUCAGCAACUACCAGAAAUGGGUGAGACCAAUCGAAGAUUUAAACACAACAAUUCAAGUGAAGUUUGGCUUGGCAAUUUCCCAGCUGGUGGAUGUGGAUGAGAAGAACCAGCUGAUGACGACCAAUGUGUGGAUGAAGCAGGAAUGGACAGACAUGAAGCUCAGAUGGAAUCCGGAUCAUUACCUGGGCAUCACCUCCAUCAGGGUGCCUUCAGACUCCAUCUGGAUUCCUGACAUUGUGCUCUAUGACAAUGCAGAUGGUAAUUUCGAGGCCACAGUGACAAAAGCAGUGGUGAGAUUUGAUGGUACAAUCUCCUGGACUCCUCCUGCCAACUAUAAAUCUGCCUGCACCAUUGAUGUGACCUUCUUCCCCUUUGACCUUCAGAAUUGCUCCAUGAAGUUUGGUUCUUGGACCUAUGACGGUUCCCAGGUCGACAUUCUCCUUGAAGACGUACAUGUGGACAAACGUGACUAUUUUGACAAUGGCGAAUGGGAGAUCGUGAAGGCCACUGGUAACCGAGGUUUGAGAAGAGAUGGGACUUUUUUCUAUCCAUCCAUCACCUACUCCUUUAUAAUCCGACGUCUUCCUCUCUUCUACACACUCUUCCUCAUCAUCCCCUGCAUUGGAUUGUCUUUCCUGACUGUGCUAGUCUUUUAUCUCCCGUCUAAUGGAGGGGAAAAAAUCUCCCUCUGCACGUCUGUCCUCGUCUCACUUACGGUCUUCCUUCUGGUGAUAGAAGAGAUCAUCCCUUCCUCCUCAAAGGUAAUUCCUCUGAUUGGAGAAUAUUUGGUCUUCACUAUGAUCUUCGUGACACUUUCCAUUGUCAUCACCGUCUUUGCUAUUAACAUCCACCAUCGCUCCUCAUCCACCCAUCAUAGCAUGGCUCCCUGGGUCCGCCGUAUCUUUCUUCACCACUUGCCUAGAUUGCUCUGCAUGCGUAGCCAUGUGGACCGUUACGCCACCACAGCUGGGACUGGAACAGGAAGACUGGGCUAUGGGAAGAGUUCGGGUCAGGAUACCAACCUUCUCGAUGCAGAACACAAUCUGCAGGCGGCCUUAGAGUCUAUUCGCUACAUCACACGCCAUGUGGUAAAGGAAAAUGAAGUCAGAGAGGUUGUUCAGGACUGGAAGUUUGUGGCCCAAGUUCUGGACCGGGUUUUCCUGUGGGCAUUUCUCUUAGUAUCACUGCUCGGCUCUGCUCUGCUUUUCAUCCCUGUUAUUUAUAAAUGGGCCAGCAUCAUUGUUCCCAGCUAUGCUGAAAUUACUAGCUAAAAUACACGAAUGUAUACACUUCCAAACUUUUUGGCUUGAAUAAAGUUUUUUGCAUUAUUAUAGCAUUAUUACUGUAGUCUUCGAAACAUCUAUGCAACUUGUGGCAAUCAAGCGCUGUCAUAUAUGAUGUAACAUGCUGCAUUAUAUUCUCUGUUG